AUGGCCGAAAACCAGGACGAUCUCGCCGUCUCCAAGACCGAGGGCUUCAAGGUCGGAGAGAAGAAGACCAUUGCCGAAUACAAUGAGCUUGACAAGAACGACGAGUCCCUCAACCGCUGGAAGGCCUCCCUCGGCCUCGCUACCGGCAAGCCAAUUGGAGACCCCAACGACCCCCGAACAUGCAUCAUCAGGACCCUAGCCCUUGAGGUUCAAGGCCGCCCAGACGUUGUUAUCGACGUCUCCACACCCGAGACCCUCGAGAAGCUCAAAGACAAGCCCUUCACGAUCAAGGAGGGCGCCCACUUCCGCAUCAAGGUGACCUUUGAGGUCCACCACGACGUCCUGAGCGGCCUCAAGUACCUUCAGGUUGUUAAGCGCAAGGGUAUCCGGGUUAGCAAGGACCAGGAGAUGCUUGGAAGCUAUGCCCCGUGUACUACCGACAAGCCCAUCUACGAAAAGAAGUUCCAAGAAGAAGAGGCGCCUUCGGGAAUGAUUUCUCGCGGCCACUACAAUGCCGAGUCAAAGUUCAUCGACGACGAUGACAAGACGCAUCUGCACUUCCAGUGGUCCUUUGAUAUCGCGAAGGAUUGGUAA